AUGGCCGAGCGCGUGUUCCAGAUCUACUCGGGGGAGCAGCUCACGGCCGAGAUGGUGGCUGCCGCCGCCGAGCUGUACAGCCGCAGCUACGGCGUCUGGGGCCCCGGGGCCCCUCGUGAAGGUAAGCGCAUCCGUAUUAGCGCGCGGCAGCUGUGCGCCGAGUACCUCUCGCACCCGCGGGAGACGCUGUACGCGCGCGCCGUCGUCGACGGCGUGCUCGCUGGCCAGGUGCUGUGCACCCGCUGGCCCGGCGCCGACGGCCGCCUGGUCUGCUGGGUCACGCUGCUCGUCGUCCGCGCUGAGUACCGCCGCCGCGGCCUCGCUGCCGCCCUCCUGCGCUGCGUCCAGAGCGACCUCGACGCCGUCUACGGCCUCCUGAGCCCUAACCCCACCGCCUGCCUCGCCGCCGCCCACGCCUUCGGCACCCCCCUCGACAGGAUCAGCCUCGAGUUCAUCGCCACCAACGCUGAGGCCGUCCUCGCCGCCUCGCCGGUGCCGCGCCUCCGGGGCGUGCGACUGCGCGGCACCGUCUUCAACGCGGCGACUCCGGGCAGCCUCGUCGCGGGCGCCGACACUCAGUUCUUCGUCGGCCGCAGCGAGCUGCUCACGAACCUCCACCUGAUCGAGGACCAGUACGCCUGGCCGCUCGGCGAGCUGCCUCCCGGCCACGAGUUCCUCCUGCUCGUCCCCGCCCGCGACCGCGGCAUCUCCCCGCCCCGGCCGUUUGUGCCUCAGCCGGUGGAUUAG